GAGUCCUGUUCUGCAGGUUAGAAAAGUGCAGUUCAGUUGGACCUCGUUUCCCUAACAAAGUCGUGGAAGACAUGGGGGCGUGUAAAUUAAAACCAAGAAAAGGGGAAAAUAAUGAAAGGACUAAAAUAUCAAGGAAGAGGUCAUUCUCAGAUACCAUUACAUGGUGACCCUUGAAGAGCAUCUGGAAGCUGCAGUUGGUACAAAAAGAAACAGUACAAGCAGUUUUGGUUAUUGGCAGGAUUGCUUCUUCAUGAUAAUGUCUAUCCAUCCCAUCCCAUUACCUGGAAGAGGAGAGAUAAGAGAAAAUUGCUAUGGAGUUAAAAAUUGGAGAAAAUGCAACGCUAUUCAAUUUAAUAAAGCAACAAAUAAAGAAUCAACUUUGACACAGGGCUCUCUUCCAUUACAAAAUGCAAAAAUGAUUUCAUCUAUUCUCAUUUCACAGACGAUUGAUGAAAAUAAAUCAAGAGAAAAUAAGACUGCUUUCCCUAUGCAGUCUGUAAUCACCCAAUCUGAUGUUUAUCACAUGAACCAAUCUUUGGCUAAUCAUAACUCAGUCAACAUUAAUACAGCAUUCAUAUUUCUUCCAAGAAAAUUAGGAUUUCAGACAACUUCAGAGGACAAUGUAUUUAAUAGCAAAGAAGAGAAACCAUGGCAUAACCAGAAGAAAGGUUUUGCUUCCAUUACAAUCACUGCUAAGCGAGUUGCUCCACCUUCAAACAAUAAAAUUCAGGCAAAUACUUUUGACCCUUCUUGCUUGGAAUGCCAGGAAAAUAAGCAGCUAAUAACAGCAGUUCCCAUUUCAUAUGUAACUGGCUUAGGUAAACUCUCCGAAUCUUUGCAUUCUCAAGCAAAUGACCAAAAUCGAAGUGUCAGUGAAAUAACGGAUUCUACGUCUUGUCUGCAGAGCUGCAAGAGGCAAUCUGACUGGAUUUCUAGCCCCCCAAAGAGAAUGAUCCCCUCGGAUAACACCCAUAAGAAGCAGGCACCUUUUUCUUUCAUGUCAAGUGUUCACCUCACUAUUUCCCAACAGUGUCCAAAAUCAAUAUAUUAUGUAGACAAGUCUCUUUUGGUACCUGUUGAUCAACUUCAGACUAAUACUCAAAAAAUGCAUCGGUCAGUAGUGUCUUUUCAUAUAAAUUGCAGUUCUCAAAAUACAACACCAGAUGGAGUGGAUAGUUUAGCUAAUGGGAAGUUAAUCACAAAAGUACUUAAGUUCCCAGAGGAUCAUAAGACAUCAUUCAAAGCAAUUUGGAAUGCAGAUCUCCAAGAUAUCUACUUGGAUAAAAAACAGAGACUGGAAAUUAAAUCUUUAGGAACCGAAGAUUUCUGGAAAAAUGCCUCUCCAUCUGAAACACUGUCAGUUCUGACCAGGCCUCAGGAAGUUGAUAAUUUAAAACAAAUAAAGAACAAUGAUAUACCUUCAAGUGAUAAUCCCAUGACAUUAUGUGGUUACAUUCCUCAUUGGACUUAUUAUGAAGAUGCACAUGGAUUCUCAGAAAGCAACAGAAAGCAAAGCAGGAGAGACAAAUACUACAAACUUUCAUCUGCUUCCUUUCUGGAGCCAUCAUCUAAAAAAGAAUUAAUAAUAGAUGGUAGGAUUUCUUUGAAAGACAAACAUCUACCCAAAGAUACAUCAGAGUCCAAAGACAGAAAAGCUCAAGCUUUUCAAAACCAAAAGUUUUCUGAUCUUGCACGCGACAUCAAGGUAUCAUCAAAAUCAUUAUUGGAUGAAAAUGAUUGUAACAGGAAAGUUCCAUGCUCCAAAGGUGAUUACAAAUUAUAUGGGUCAGCCAGCCAGUCCAAAGAACAUAAGAUAAAUGUGAAGAAAGAGAUGGUCAAUAGGUUAACCACCUCUGCAACCCAUGAACCAGAUGUUCCUUGUGAGAAAUAUGAAGCUUUCCAACAUUCAGAGGUCUGCUUUGAGCCUGAGAAAAUUCCUGCAAGCCCAAUGACUCUCAGGGAGGCACUGGAAGUUCACAAGCCUAAUUUUAUUUCCCGCUCACAAGAACGAUUAAAAAAACUUGAACAUAUAGUACAACUGAGGAAAGCACAACAAAGUGAGAAUUUGGGGGAAAAACAAGGAACUGCUCUAUCUUGCAAGCUUUCCUCAACUUCCAUUACAAGUAAGAAGAAACAAUAUACUGUUCCUCAUCCACUGAGUGAUAACCUGUUCAAACCAAAGGAACGGUACAUUUCAGAAAAGGAGAUGCAUAUGCGAUCAAAAAGAAUUUAUAACAAUCUUCCUGAAGUGAAGAAGAAACAAGAAGAGAAACAGAAACGGAUAAUCAUACAGAGCAACAGAAAGCGGGUUGAAAUAUUUAAAAAGCAAUUAUUGGACCAACUUCUUCAAAGAAAUACAGAAUGAAUAAAGAUUCCUGGAUACGACACAUCAUUCUUCUUGGAACUCCAAGGCCUUUGAAAAUUAAAAAGCCAUAUAAAUCUAGAAUGACCUUUAAUCACAAAGCAACCUUAUUUGUUUAUGGACAAAGAAAAUAGCUUGGUUUUUUUUUUAAAGUAAUUCUGGAAAGUUACUGGAUUAGAUUCCAGUGAGACAGCUUUAAAAUGGUUUUAUGCAAUUGUUAAGGUAAACACAUUAUUUAUUUUCUGUCUUUUAAACCACAAAGAUGACUUUUAAAAUUAUGACUGCAGGAUAUUUAAGCUUAUCUACAAUAAACAUUAAUAUAUGUAUUCCAUUUAUACAUUGCAUCAACUUAAUAACUUUUAAAUAAAAGGGGAAAUGAAUAUAGCUGUUAUUAUAGUUAGAAACAAACCUAUAAUAGUAAGGAUGACUAUUUAGUUGAACUUCAAAUUUAAAUUAAUGGCUAAUAUAACAGGCAAAUAUUUUAAUCUACAAAGAACUGUAUUUCUGUUUCAUAUAAUGAAUAGGAUACCAGUUUAAAAUAAUAUUUAAUAUCUAGUUAUUAUAAUCAAACAUAUUUACUAAGCCAUGUAAUUUUGCAUUGUUCUAUAUUAAUUUGAAACAAUAUAUUU